AUGGUCAGUAUCACCUGCCGGCUCGUUGUGGCCAUUUCACUUUGGUCACCGUUCAUAGGGGCACAAGUGGUGAUCCCGGCACCAAAUGGGACCUAUACAGUUGCUUUGAGCAUCUUGGAAUUGAAAAACCCAGACUCAAUACAACCAUAUGCUCCUGAAGUGGAAGUCCCGGCUCUGAUGCUUUCCGUUUUCUAUCCCACCCACGACGAAGAAACAGUCAAACGCCCUUAUAUGGAUACGGAUACCGCCAUCUUUGAGGAUUUGUCCCAAGCUCAACAGAGUGGGCUUGAUUCCAAGCCUGGGACGUUUCAGAAGCUCUCAAUGCAACUUGCGGCAAACGGAUCGAAAGUUGCUCAACCUGAAGGCGAUGGUGGAUGGCCGAUCCUUGUUUUUGGCUGUGCGCUAGGGACAAGUCGGUUGUUCUACAGCGCUCUCCUCUCCCAGGUGGCAUCGACCGGCUAUGUCGUUGUUGCAUAUGACACGCCUUACGAUACCGAUAUUGUCGUCUAUCCGAAUGGGGAAAACAUAACUGCGAGUGAGACAGUGACCGCCGCUUUAGACACAACCAAUGCAACGGCAGUGGAACAUUUCUUAAUUGCUGAUGUCAACGUUCGCGCACAAGAUGCCAGUUUCAUUGUAACCUCAUUCAACAACAAUUCCUUUGCAGCUUCAGUGAUCCCUGGUUGUAGCUCGUGCCUUAACACCACCCAUGUCGGCUAUUUUGGUCAUUCGAUCGGUGGUAGUGCAGGCGCAACUCUCCUGCUGAACGACACUCGGAUCGCUGGUGCUGUCAACAUGGAUGGUGCCGUUACCGGCCAUGUUGUCAGUCAGGGUCUUGACAGGCCGUUCAUGCUCAUGGCUGUCUCAGGUCAGACUCGAGAUGGCAAACUUGCGAACGUGACAAACUGGGCAGCUUUCUGGUCAAAUCUUCGCGGCCCGAGCUUUGACUUGAUCGUCAACGACGCUGCGCAUUACACUUACUCAGACCUUCCCCUAGUUCUUGAUCUGCUUGGAAUUUUCCCUACCAAUGAAACCGUUUUGGAUAGCCUCGAACUCACAAGCAUGAAUGGCACCCGGGCACAUCAUAUCGUCACCACUUAUAUUGUGACUUUCUUUGACUGGCUCCUGAAAAAUGGCUCCGAUUAUAUGCUCAAGAACACAAAUCUGGACUUCCCGGAAGUCAGUCUCGAUCUUGGUGACACCGAGGCCUUCAGCAAUGGAACUGUCAUCGGCGUAGUCAAUGGUACAGUGAUCAGCAAACCAGGUAGCGGCUCAUCCGGAGAUGAGAAUGCAGCCACACCAACAUCGACGAGAAGCCAAUCGGCAUGGGUGGUGGUGUUCCUCAUAGUCCUUUCGCUGAUCAUCUCAGAGUGACUCAAAGCGGCCACACCACGUCAGCUUCUCUCGAGGUAUGAGCACAGUUCUUCACAGCUUAGCUCACAGCUUGGCCACUGUUAUUGUGUCUCUUCACGCUUCUGUUCGGACUAUGUAAAAGCACUGCUUUAAGAGAAUGGACAAAUAUUCUGGGGCGCGUUGGUCUAUGUCGCAGUGCAGAGAAUCUCUCCUAUAUUGGAAACCUGGGGACAUCGACCUCUGCCUCCUUAUUGUGUAGCACUUCCUACUGUACCUAGCCUAUAUAGUAGAGCAGUACCCAGGGCCUUUUGUUAAUGAGACAUAGAACC